AUGGCGCUCACUUCGUUCUUGAUUAAGGAAGGUUCAACACUAGCAAACGAAAUCGCAAGCAAUCUAUAUGUUGAUAACAUCAUGAUGCAGGCGGAAACUCCAAAAGAAGCUCUGCAAAAGUACAGAGAGUCGAAAAAGCUGUUAAAUCGCCUCUGGGUAUUCGCGGAUGCCAGCAAUAUUGCUAUGGCUACCUGCGCUUACUUACAGUGCAAAUUAACAAGCGAGGUCACGCCAUUGAUUAGCGGAAAAACAAGGUUGACGCCAAAAAAGAUAAAACAAACUAUUCCGCGCCUUGAAUUGGUUGCUAUUUUAAUGGCAACAAGGCUAUGCAAUAACAUCAGAUUGAACGAAAUCGCACUUUGUUGGAUAAAAAGUUGUAAAAAAUUACCGGUUUUUGUUGAAAAUCAACGCAAAAAAAUCGUUGAAAUCAAGACCAAACUCGAAUCUGAUGGCAUUUCCAUUGAUUUCUUUCACUUGCUACUGCUCACAAUCCAGCAGAUGCAGGAACUAGAGGAUUGA